UUCUUCUAAAUUUUGUUAUAUAUGGUCUCUGCUACCACUACUGCAGCAACAGACAAUCCAUGUCCAUGUCUUCUUCUCCACGUGCUUUUUCAUUUCGUAACGGCUAUCUAAACCAAAACCCUGUAACUCUCUUCUUUUUUUCUGCGCUAUAAUUCACCAACAUUUCGUCCUCUCACUCACCCUCUCAAUGGCUUCAUACCAUUCUUGCUUCCCUCCCUCUUCCUCUCUCAUUUUCUUUUAAAAACCUCUUCUUUUCCUUUUUCUUCUUCUUCUUCUGGGUCAAAAUGGCUUCAGUUCUUCGAUUCCGAAAGCUAUGCUACGUAGAGCCAGUAUCUUUUGGGUAUGCCAAAGUUGAACAGAAACUAGACAAGAAAAAAGAUAAGCCUCUCCCUCCGACGACAAGAACCGCCAUAGAGAUAAACAAGAACAGGAAGAGGCAGCACCAGCAACAACAAUGGAGGCGAAUAGAUUCCUGUUGUUGGAUUAUCGGGUACAUGUGCACUACUUGGUGGCUUCUGUUGUUAUUAUACUACUGUUUGCCAGCCACCUUUCCUGGUUUUCAGAUCCCUGAAUCUCCGGGAACAAAGCUUAAAAGCGAAGGGUUGACGGCUCUGCACCCGGUCGUGUUGGUUCCAGGCAUUGUGACCGGUGGGCUGGAGUUAUGGGAAGGCAAAACUUGUGCUGAUAGUCUGUUUCGAAAGCGGCUUUGGGGAGGUAGCUUCACUGAAAUCUUCAGAAGGCCACUGUGUUGGCUGGAGCACUUGUCUUUACACAACGAGACUGGUUUAGACCCACCUGGGAUCCGAGUUCGAGCUGUUCCAGGUCUGGUUGCAGCAGAUUAUUUUGCACCGGGAUAUUUUGUCUGGGCUGUUUUGAUUGAGAAUUUAGCUAAAAUUGGGUAUGAAGGGAAGAAUCUUCAUAUGGCUGCUUAUGAUUGGCGACUCUCUUUCCAAAAUACAGAGAUCCGGGACAAAGCUCUUAGUAGAUUGAAGAGUAAGAUUGAGGUGAUGUAUGUAAGCAAUGGAUAUAAGAAGGUAGUGGUGGUGCCCCAUUCCAUGGGUGCCAUCUAUUUUCUUCACUUCAUUAGAUGGGUUGAAACACCUCCUCCGAUGGGAGGUGGUGGUGCUCCUGGUUGGUGUGCCAAGCACAUCAAAGCUAUCAUGAACAUCGGUCCGGCAUUUUUCGGUGUUCCAAAAGCUGUUAGUAAUUUAUUCUCAGCCGAGGGAAAAGAUGUUGCCUUUCUCAGAUCAAUUGCACCGGCUGUUAUAGAUUCCGAGUAUCUUGGGCUGCAAACUCUUGAGCAUGUCAUGAGGGUGUCUAGGACUUGGGAUUCAAUUGUGUCAUUGAUUCCCAAAGGUGGAGAAACAAUCUGGGGUAAUAUGGACUGGUCGCCUGAAGAAGGGCAUGUUUGUGAUUUGGCCAACAAAAGACUUUUACAGCCCUCUUCAAGUGACAAUAAUAACAUCACCAACAGUGACAUAAAAAGAGGUUUUCGAGUAAAAGAACCAGUCAAGUAUGGGAGGAUAAUUUCAUUUGGUAAAGGGUCAUCUCAGCUACCGUCUUCACAGCUCCCUACUCUUGAUUCCAAGGAUUUUAUUCGUACUGCAAAUGUAAAUUCACCAUGCGGAGAGGUUUGGACUGAGUAUGAUGAGAUGAGCAGAGAAAGCAUCCACAAAGUAGCCGAAGGCAAAGCUUAUACAGCUACGACUCUUCUUGAUGUGCUCCGAUUUAUGGCUCCGAAGAUGAUGCAACGAUCCGAGGCUCAUUUCUCUCAUGGCAUAGCUGAUAAUCUAGAUGAUCCUAAAUACAACCAUUACAAAUACUGGUCUAAUCCAUUAGAGACAAAAUUACCAGAUGCCCCUGAUAUGGAAAUACACUGCAUGUAUGGAGUUGGGAUUCCCACGGAAAGAUCAUACGUAUACAAGAAGUCAGCUGCUGAUUAUAAGUGCAACAGCAUUCCAUUUCAGAUUGACAGCUCGGUUGAGGGAGAUGAUCAGAACAGCUGCCUGAAAGGGGGAGUAUACUUUGUGGAUGGGGAUGAAAGCGUUCCAGUUGUUAGUGCAGGAUUCAUGUGUGCAAAGGGAUGGCGAGGCAGAACUCGUUUCAAUCCUUCUGGCAUUAGUACAUACGUAAGAGAAUAUCGACACAAGCCUCCAGCCAGCCUUUUUGAAGGGAGGGGUGUAGAGAGUGGAGCUCAUGUUGACAUAAUGGGAAAUGUUGCCUUGAUCGAAGACGUAUUAAAGGUUGCAGCCGGAGCCAUUGGCAACGAGAUAGGAGGUGAUAGGAUUUAUUCCGAUAUCCUAAGGAUGUCCGAGAGGAUAAAUCUUCGGCUUUAAGAGUGCUUGAUGAAUCCAUAAAACAAACGAGGGAUAGCCAAAAGUAGAGUGAAUUAACAAUAGAACACAUGAGCUUCAUGAAAUACUACUGAGGGUGGAUUGGAGGCUUUCUGGGUUGGAAGUAAAUGGCUUUUGAGGUCAGAUUCUGGUAGAUGUGAAGGUUGAGUUUCUUACUGGCCAAAAAAAGCUUCCCAAAUCUUUUCUUUACCUUCUUUUUCUGACUCCUUUCUUCUUAGUGUUGCAAUUUUAUCAUGUAAACACCCAAUA